AUGAGGGAUCCUGUGUUGGAGGAUGUGAAAGAUGAAAUUGGACAGGACAAAGCAGCAGAAGAAGAAAAUGAAGAGGAAAAGAUAUGCUUUAAGCCUGUUAUUGAAGACCUAAGCAUGGAACUGGCCAGAAAAUGCACUGAACUUAUUAGUGAUAUCCAUUAUAAAGAAGAGUAUCAAAAGUCCAAAGACAAAUGUACAUUUGUGACGGAUACUCCCAUGCUAAACCAUGUAAAAAACAUUGGUGCUUUUAUUUCUGAGACAAAAUACAAAGGCAACAUUAAGGCUGAGCUUUGCAACUCUCUGUAUAAGCGGAUGCCGGAGACCAUUGACAGCGUGUUUGCAAGAGAAGUUUCGCAGCUUCAGAGUGAGGUUGCCUACAAGCAGAAACAUGACGCUGCCAAAGGACUCUCAGAUUACGCCCACAUGAAGGAGCCCCCAGAGGUCAAGCAUGCCAUGGAGGUGGGCAGACACCAGAGUAAUAUUUCGUAUAGAAAAGAUGUACAGGACGCCCACACAUACACAGCAGAACUUGACAGACCAGACAUCAAGAAGGCGACUCAGGUCUCCAAGAUCAUAAGCAAUGCAGAAUACAAGAAAGGGCAAGGAAUAAUGAAUAAAGAGCCAGCUGUAAUUGGAAGACCAGACUUUGAACAUGCUGUGGAAACUUCUAAACUUUCCAGUCAAGUUAAAUAUAAAGAAAAAUUUGACAAUGAAAUGAAGGAUAAGAAACAUCAUUACAAUCCUCUUGAUAGUGCUUCCUUUAGACAAAAUCAGCUUGCUACCUCACUGGCCAGUAACGUGAAGUACAAGAAAGACAUUCAAAAUAUGCACGCGCCGGUGUCAGAUCUCCCAAAUUUGUUGUUUUUAGACCAUGCUUUGAAAACCACCAAAAUGCUCAGUGAACGAGAAUAUAAAAAGCAGUUUGAGGAGAGUAAAGGAACGUAUCACUUUGAUGUAGAGACUGCAGAACAUCUGCACCAUAAGGGCAAUGCCACCCUCCAGAGUCAGGUUAAAUACAGAGAAGAGUAUGAGAAGAACAAGGGGAAAUCAAUGCUAGAAUUUGUUGAGACGCCAUCAUAUCAAGCUUCAAAGGAGGCUCAGAAGAUGCAGAGUGAGAAAGUUUACAGAGAGGAUUUUGAAAAGGAGAUUAAAGGAAAGCCCUCAAUGGAUUUAGACAAGACUCCUGAAUUUUUACAUGUAAAGUACAUCACCAACCUUCUGAGGGAGAAAGAAUAUAAGAAAGAUUUGGAAAAUGAAAUAAAAGGGAGAGGAAUGGAACUUAAUUCAGAAGUUCUUGAUAUUCAAAGAGCAAAACGGGCAUCCGAAAUGGCCAGUGAGAAAGAAUACAAGAAGGACCUGGAGUCAGAAAUUAAAGGGAAAGGAAUGCAGGUUGGCACUGACACCCUGGAAUUCCAGCGUGCCAGGAAGGCUACUGAGAUAGCCAGCGAGAAAGACUAUAAAAAAGACCUGGAGACUGAAAUUAAAGGGAAAGGGAUGCAGGUCAGUGCAGACACUCUUGAUGUUCAGAGAGCAAAGAGAGCAUCCGAGAUGGCCAGCCAGAAACAGUAUAAGAAAGACUUAGAAAAUGAAAUUAAGGGGAAAGGAAUGCAAGUGAAUGCGGAUAUCCCGGAUAUGCUUCGAGCCAAGCGGGCAUCUGAUAUCUAUAGCCAGAAAAAGUAUAAAGGUGAGGCAGAGAAAAUGCUUUCGAAGUAUUCCACUGUGGUCGAUACUCCUGAAAUUCAGAGGAUCAAGACCAGCCAACAGAACAUUAGUGCCGUGUUUUAUAAGAAAGAUGUAGGAGCUGGCACAGCAGUUAAAGAAACCCCAGAGAUUGAGCGAGUGAAGAAAACCCAGCAGAAUAUUAGCUCAGUCAAAUAUAAAGGAGAGAUUAAGCAGGCAACUUCCAUUUCUGAUCCUCCAGAGUUGAAGAGAGUGAGAGAAAACCAGAAGAAUAUCAGCAAUGUUUAUUAUAAAGGUCAGCUGGGAAGAGCUACAGCAUUAAGUGUAACUCCUGAGAUGGAAAGAGUAAAGAAGAAUCAAGAAAAUAUUAGCUCGGUAAAAUAUACCCAAGACCAUAAACAGAUGAAAGGUAGACCAAGUCUGAUUUUAGAUACACCUGGUUUGAGACAUGCUAAAGAAGCACAAAAUCAUAUUUCAAUGGUAAAAUAUCAUGAAGACUUUGAGAAGACGAAGGGGAGGGGCUUCACUCCCAUUGUGGAUGAUCCUGUGACAGAGCGGGUGAGGAAGAACACACAGGUCAUCAGCGAUGCGGCCUAUAAAGGUGUCCAGCCUCACGUCGUGGAGAUGGACAGGAGACCCGGAAUCAUUGUGGAUCUCAAAGUCUGGCGCACUGAUCCUGGUUCCAUCUUCGACAUUGAUCCCCUGGAAGACAAUAUUCAGUCUAGAAGUCUACAUAUGCUCUCUGAAAAGGCAAGUCAAUAUAGGAGACAUCGCUCUCGAUCUCAUUCCAGCAGUACUUUUGGUACAGGUCUGGGAGAUGACAAGUCAGAAAUCUCUGAGCUCUACCCUAGCUUUUCUUGCUGCAGUGAAGUAACAAGACCAUCUGAUGAAGGAGCACCUGUCCUUCCUGGAGCUUAUCAGCAGAGCCAUUCCCAAGGCUAUGGGUACAUGCAUCAGACCAGUAUGUCAUCCAUGAGGUCAAUGCAGCACUCACCAAAUCUAAGGACCUACCGAGCCAUGUACGACUACAGUGCCCAGGAUGAAGAUGAGGUCUCCUUCCGGGAUGGUGACUACAUCGUCAAUGUGCAGCCCAUUGAUGACGGCUGGAUGUACGGCACCGUACAGAGGACGGGGAGGACGGGCAUGCUCCCGGCGAAUUACAUCGAGUUUGUGAAUUAAUUCUUUCUUCUUGCCCUUUGAGCUUUAUUCUAAUGUAUUCUACACUUAAUCUUUUUAAAAGAUAGAAAAUACUUUUAAGACAACUUGGCGAUUAUUUUACAAUAACAUACACCCUUCCUUUGACAACUAGACAUGCAGGUACCAGGAAGAAGGGAUGACUUCUGGACUGAAAAACAGCAGCAUUUUCAGUAAUUCCUGUAAACAGAAUCAUUAGGUCUGGAGACCUGGUGCUGCUAAUUGUGUUUGUGGUUUCCUUUGAUUGGCUAUUGAACCCUUCUGGGAAAUGUAUUUUUGUAGACUUUAAUAGAGAUGUUGACUGUCCCCUCAGUGUAACACGUGUAUGAAUCUUCAUAGCUGUCACUACAAGUCACUGAAAUCCAAAACUCUUAACUCAGUAAUACAGCUGAUAACUAAAAAACAAACAAACAAACAAAAACUGUUGAGCUUUUGGUUCAUUAGGCAAUUUCUAACACUGGUAAAAAUUGCCUAAUCUAAUAAAUAUAAGCAAUGGCAGAAUGAGUCUGGGUAAAAUUAUAUUGACUGAUGGCCUUAGGGGACCAAACAGGAAAUAUCCUUGUUCCCUAGGCCAACUGGGUCUAUUUAUUUCUCAUCUGUACCACAGUGUAUCCUAUUCUCCAUUUACAUUCUGUGGAUCGAAACACAUGCUUGGUUCCACAGAAUGUUAAGACCAAAUAACUUCACAGCUAUUCUUGCAAAGGGCAAAAAUUGAUGUCAUCUGUAUUAUUUCCCUAGUAGCCUUUGCCCUGUUGCAUGUCACGUGGGUUCAAGCUUCUGUAACAUAGGCAGUUUCCUUGCCUGUUGCUGUUAUUAAUGCCAGCAGUGUGGCUCCUAUCUCCAAGCCCUUUCCUCUAGUUGCCAGCUCAUCUGGAAAACCUAUUUUGAAAAGUUGCUUGAGAUUUUCCUGCUGUAUUACACUCUAGUUUUGAAGGACUAACACUUUAGAAGAAAUACACAUAUACUCUAGUAAAUAAGUGAUUUAGGUAUUUACUGAAGAGCUUUUGUUGACUUUAUUGCCGCAGUUGAUUUAAAAGUGAAGGAAAGAUCAUAAAACCCAGUGAUAAAUGAGAUACAGAACAUACUGGUUACAACUUGGGUAAACACAAGUUGAGUCCACAGGAAGUUGGCACCACUGUUUUCUUUUGGAAAACAGUACUGGGACUCUGGAAGAGAAAUCUAGCCACUAAAGACUAGUGAAUGAAGAAACUUCCUUUCCAUUUUCUGGUUUUUGUUUCUAAAGCAUCUUUAGGGGAUGAGAUAGGAAUAUCAGCAGAGAUUGCUCAGUUUAGACUCAAAGGCCGUUCACACACACACACACACACACACACACACACACACACAGAAAUGGUUGUUGUGUUUUGAGUGUCUUUGCAAUCAUUUGAUGGAUUUCCAGCCACAUGUAUACACAUACAGCCCUUGCUUAUGAAAUAUCACCCCCAUUUUUUUCCUGAUAUCCCAUGGCAACUCUUCUGUCAUUCUGAUUGUGCCCUGUAUCAUGACUUACAGCAGGGUAGCAUUCAUGAAGGAUGUGAUUAUAGCAAUGCACUGAGAAAAGCAGUUACAAAAAUGCACUAAGACAUAGGGAUCUUGGAGAUAUCUACUGCUUAUGAUAUAUUCAAGAAAACAUGAUAUAUGUUUAUGAUAUAUUCAUAAAACAUCCUGUACAACACUUCGUGUUGAAAGGUAACUAAUCCAAAAGCCAUUCACAUUUUUGAACAGUCAGUACAUACUGUUGAAUAUCUUAGUUUCAGAUAAUAGGUUAACACAGCAAAAGAAGCCACUUAGCUGUGGCUAUAUGAAAUUGAAAGGACAAAAAUUUAGGGGAAUAACUAGUAUUUUUGGAAAGGGUUUAACAAACUACAGCAUACUAAGCCUAACCCAUUUCCAUCAUUUAAAAGACUAGUGGUGACUGAAUCGAUUGACUCCGUAUUUAAUGCUUGCACACAGACUUACAAAUUGAACUUGUAAUAAGUUUGCAAAAAUCUGUGCAUCCUAAACAAGGACAGUAAGUCUGCUCACUUUUGGUUAAGUAUGUCUUUGUUUCCCCAGACUAUUUUCUUUUGUGUGUGUGUGUGUGUGUGUGUGAUUCUUUAUAAAAAGAGUAGUUGUUGAUUAAAAUUUGGACUAAUUAUAGGACAGGUACAAUUUUUGACAAAUAGAACAUGUAUAGGAAGCUCAAAAGAAGCCGACCUGUAAUUAGGAAAGUAACAAAGUAGCAGUUGAUAUUUCAUGCUUUUUCUCAUUAGCUGAUUUCAAGAUCACAUUCACUGGAUAUCAGAGUCGCCACACAUUUAGGAAAUAAGUAUCCUAAAACGUUAAGUAAGCUUCAUAUAAAUGCAAAGCAAGAUGUUUCUGCUUCAUGACUUGUGGAAUUAAUAGCAGACCAGAAUUCAACUAGGAGGCACUUAUUUUUAAAUAAAGACAGGCUGAACAGGACAUUGCAUGUUCUGGAGGCUGUAAGUUUGAUAGUGUUGGUGUUGUUUCUAAUACUUGUCAGGACAUUAAACAGCUCAGCAAAAUAAAGGAAACAGAGAUGCGUCAUACCAAAGUCAGCAUCACUUAACAAAAAAAUAUAUUCUUGAACACCUUUUCACUUUCCAAAUACCUCCUGUCCAACUUCACUUUGGCUAUUACAUACGUAACAGAUAAAGCAUACAUAACACUGACAGCUAAGGAAGAAUUUGAAAACAAGCCUUUUAGAAAUUGAAUGAAGGUAAAGAAGACUAUGUAAAUGCCAAGCAGAGGUCACGCACCUGCUUCUGAAAUUCAGUGCGUUCUCCUCUCUGACCAAAGCACAAAAAAGGAGUUUGGCACACUUUUAAAAGGUUCUGAAUACAAAACUGUGCGUGGAUCAUAUUACUGUUAAAGCAAGCAUAGCAACAGAAUAUGUUGCUUUUCUUGUAAGCUUUUGUAGUAGAAGUUUUUUUUAAAAACUAAUUCUUGUUCUCUAGAAAGCUUUCUAUUUCUAAUUUAUGGCAAAAUGAAUUCUUUGUGUCCUGUUACAGUUUGCACAUCUGCAAUGUAGCCCAGUUUGAAGUCUUUAUCUGGUGUGGGCUCUCCAUGAAACCCCUAGAUCUUGCCAUGCCUUCCAUCCUUCAUAGACCAUACAAGAAUCUGAAGCACAAUUUCCAUAAGCAUCUUGCAUGAAUGCUGAUGAAGUGAGGCAGCCCCUUUCUUGCUACUUGGUACAUUGCUUGAAGAUGACGAGGAUGCACUUUUGCCAGUUUCAGUACAGUCUUCCUUUCCCUCACCUUCUCUGUACUAAAGUUUAGAAUGCUCUAAGAAUUAGGAAGAUUUUUUUCAAAACAGAAAGUGAAGAGGUGCCCUUCCUUUUUUUUAGUUUCUUCUAUCUGCAAUGGAAUGUAUUCAGUGAAAAGAGAAAGACAAUGGCUGUGAUCUUAAAUAGCAUACCCCUAUUAAACUGGAUAGAGUUUAUACCAAACUUAUGAUAUAGGUAGAUAUAAAAGCAGGUGCCUUUUUAAUUAACCUUUUUAUCAUUAUGGUCUUGGAAAGAAAACCAAGCAAGCAAGCUUCUGCCUAUCCUAGAGUGAUAUUUUAUUAUACAUAAUUGGUAUUUUUGUGGUGGGAAGGUGAGAUUCCCUUAACAGGUAUUAUAGGUGAUAACUGAUUGUAUUUUCCCUCUUAAAGAUUUAAGGCUUUAGAAAAUGUGGACUUCUUCCAUCUAUUUCUGGAAAGUUCUUUGGGGAUUUAUAUAUAGUUGAUAUGUAUAAAUAGUAACUUUAGGAAUGGAAUUUAAAGUACCUAUUCUAAGAUAGAAUUAUUGUGUUAAUGAGGCUGAAUUCACCUACAUAAAUGAGCUUUACUUUAUGUUAAUUAUACGUUAGCUUUUGCUUCUUAUAAUCUGAGAUGUGGCUAGAUAGUGAUUGUGUUGGGUCACAUGGCCAAUGACAAUAUAUCUUUAGUUAAAUAGGAAGCUAUGUAAACAAACUUAAGGGUGCUAAAAUGGAAGUGUUUUUCUGAAGUGUUCAUGCCCAUUAGGACUGUUUUUAAGCAUCUAACUGUCAACUAUUAGAAAUU